AUUUGCCCCAGCAUUGUGCCGAGUCUCCCGGCGACCACUAGCUUGUUUUGUUUAAUCGCUACACCGAUCUCAUUCAUAACGGCUGUACGGCUGCAUGACUUACGCUAGCAAAAAUUUUAAAAAAUAUCCGUAAUCGCAUUCAAAAUUAGAAUUGAGCUUAUCGCGGUAAAAUUGACUUGUAAAGUCAAAUAUUUUGUGUCAAAUUUUGUGAAAUAUGUGUCGUUUUAUCGAUAAAUAAAUCGCGUGUAAUGUUUACUCAAUUUUGUUAGGACUGUUUACUUAUAUUUCGUAUUUGAUAGUGAAUUGUUGACGUGUCUUCCAAUAUUUAAGUGAUAUUUUUAACAAUCAAGAUCGCAAGGAUGGAGAAGAAUGGAGGCUCGAGACUUCUUCAAAUGCAGGCACGGUUCCAACAGAAGCAACUCCAGGAGCGUGAACUGAAAAUCGCUUCACUGUACGAAUCACAGCAAGCGAGGGCACUAGACCGCGUCCGGCACUCGCCCAGCAAUGGCGUGGGGACCACUCCGCCGCAACCGACCGUCACGCACCAGCCGGGAAAGGUGCGACAAAUGUUCGAAGAAAGGCGAACAAAAGCCGGAAUCGAUAAAAGCUAUCCGCUUCAACCAAUACAGAACACUGAACGCACGCCGCCACGGAAAAGCUUGCCGAAUGGCUACCCUAAAGUAUCCUCGACGACUAAAACCUCCGUGACCGAGAAGAAGACUGUCAAAACAUAUACGAACUUCAGCUCGCACAGUGUUAAGAAACAAAAUGUGACCACUCAGGUUCUGAAAAUUGACAACAAUAUGAUUAACGGUUCUGGUGACCUUAACCACAAUCACGAAAUGGACUCGAAUACACAGAAAAUAAUGCCAAACACCAACGGUGAAAUCAUUCCAUCAGUCGACGAAACGGAUCACGUAGAUAAUGAAAACAAUGACAUGAUUGAGAACGAAACAUUUCCUGAAGCGCUCGCCCCUACGCCAACACCACGAUCCCCUCAACCUGUCGUAGAAAUUAAAAGGCCGCAAAGAAGUCUUGUUUCCAGAAGUCCAGCUGCUGCGCCAAGACCUAAAAGUCCAGUAAAAAGUAAACCUGCAGCGGCAGUCGCAGCACCACCACGAAGAGUUGUCAGUGAGAAUAGGGUACCGCCGCGGGAGACCAAUAAGCCCAAGGGGGCCAUGCAGCGCGGACCGGUACUUAGAAACAAUCCAGUCACGAACUCGCAACCGUCGAGCGGAUCAAACAAAUCCCGUUCGGCUCCGACGGCCAAUAGCGCUGUCCCGAGCGAGGGUGGCUGCACAGUGUGCGGCCGACACUUCGCGCCUGACCGGCUCCCGAAGCACCAAGAGAUCUGCCGCAAGACGCACACCAAGAAACGCAAGCCCUUUGACGUGCUCAAGCACCGUCUGGCCGGCACAGAAGCGGAACCGUUUAUCAAUAAGCUACGCAAGGGCACUCCAUCGACAACGAAGGUGCAACAGAAGAACCUCAAUAGCAACUGGCGGCAGAAGCACGAGGAGUUCAUUCAAGCAAUUCGGGCGGCCAAGCAGGUUCAAGCACAUCUUGACGCGGGAGGAAAACUCAGUGACCUUCCACCGCCGCCACCAUCAGAGAAUCCUGACUACGUGCAGUGCCCUCACUGCAAACGACGCUUCAACCAGUCGGCGGCUGAGAGACACGUACCAAAGUGUGCCAGCUUUCAAUUCAACAAAUCCAAGCAACCUCCCAAAAGGAGAUAACUAUUUAAACGCGGGCGUAUCAACUUUACACUUUGGAGUUUACAAGAAGGAUUUAUGGAAACUCAUAACAGAGGAUUAAGAAAACAGUGAACUAAAGAAUCUAACAACUGGCUAGUGAUUGAUAAAUUGGUCUCCUAAUUAUAUUAAGUAGGUGAAAUCUUUAAAACUCAUUAGAAAUGAUCAGUGGUAAAAGUACAUCGAUAUAAUCCUU